GGGGUGAAUGAGUGAGCAGUUCUAUAACAGAAGAGAACUUUGCUUUAAUGCUUUAAUGAAUGUGCAGCUGGGAACCUUCAGGGGUUUUUGUGGGUUUUGAAUGCAUGUUAAGUGUUGAAAAUGUGUCGAUGGUGCACCCCCCACCCCGUGACGCUGCCAUCAGUCCAUCACCCUGUCUCGUUGGUGCCUGUGUCGCUGCAGGGCAGGUGAGCUCCAUGUGCCGCGGGGGCUCCUCGGCUCCACCCGGCUCGGUGUCUCGGGUGGGCUCAGCUCUGCACGCCCUGGAGCUCUGCUGGAGCUCUGCAGGAGCACCUGGGCUGGAAACAGGUACAUUUUGGUAGGAGAGGUUUUUGUGAGCAGCUCGUGAGUUCUCAGUCAGGUGCAUUCCAAGUGGUCCCCUACAGAGUUCACCUGGAGAAGAGUCCAAGUGGGGGUGUGAUAUUACUGUUGGAUUAGUGGGAAACCUGAGUCCCACUGAAGUGUGGGGCUUUAAAAAUGGUUGCCUUUAAAUGUUUUAAGCUGCAAUUAAAUAACUGUGUAGGAGAAGCUUUUCUUUUUCAAUGUAGCUGCCUGUCUUUGGAAUGAACCGUGAGAAAUAUUGGUGGUUACUCUUGCUGCUCCCCUGCUGCUGUCUCACCCUCUUGUUAGGGGAUAUGGAACAUGUGGAGUCUGGGAUGCAGAACAGGCAGCAAAAUGUAGGGGCUGGUUUCAGCCUUGGUAUGUUAAUAGCUGUCAUGGGAGAGAAUUCAUCCCCAUUCUGCAGUGUCUGAGUUGCCUGGGAUAGAGGAGUAUCUGACUGACUUGAUGACAAUUUCCUAAUUCCUUUUCCUGCCAGAAAUGUUGUAGCAUAAAUUUUGUCCCCCCUUUGGACAGGAAGCCAGCCAUGUCUCUCAGCAUUAGCAAAGCAGCUGCUGGGACUCCCAGCAGACAGAGCCAGGGACGGUGUCAGCACGGAGAGCUCCUGCAGCAUGGCCAGGAUUGUCCCAACCAGAGGCUGAGGCAGACCUGGACAACACCCUGCGAGUACAGGGGAGGUGGUGAGUUACCAGGGAGUUACUUGGGGCUGGGAGGUGGAACUGCCUAAGAACCUGUCAGCAGGUGAGUGUGGAAAGCUGUAUUAGCUGUUAACAUCUGUAGCAUGUUUGUGUGGGAAUGGUUCCUGGCAUGCCUCGCUUGACAGUUGAUCCAGUCCCCGAGACAACAGGCACCAUCCCUGGUGCUUGUGGGCAUUCCUGGGGGGGCCAGGGCUGCCCCUCACAGGGUCCUGCAGGAUGACUCUGCUGUGUUUUCCUGGCUGGAGUUCAACCCCUGUCCCUGGGUCACUCCCAGCACCAAACCAGCUCAUGUACAGAGAGUCUGGCGAGUCUUUCCUGUCCUGGGGCAACCACUGACCCGAGCAGGGGAGGGACAGCAUCUACUGGAGUCGGGAAGGGUGAAGGCCACCUUCCCUGCUGGAAUUCCCUGUCCCUGCUCCGCUCUUCUGUGGGCACAGCAGUCCUUUGGGUUCAGCUCCUGACAGUGCCAUUUGCAGGGCUUUGUUUUCCUGUCUCUUGCCCACGCCCUGCUCAGCAGGGCAGUCGUGUUUGCUCCCUCUGAUCAUGACUCUAGCCUCUGGUCCCUUUUAAGCUAAUCAGAAACUGAAUUAUUUCCUGCUUUUCAAAACCCAAGAUGAUCCUUCUGUGAUGGACAGACAGAGGAAAUAAACCCCAGGGAGUCUGAGUCCUGAGACUAACCCUGGCAAGGUAAGACUGGCCCUGUUUCAGUCAGGGUUGUGGGUAUUACAGAAGAGGCCACAGAUAUUUGGAAUUGAUUUAUUACUUGUUGAUUGCCCUGUGAUUUCUUCUUAGGUCUGUGCAGGUGGUGAACGUUGCAGCCCAUCCCUCUUCCCACAUUCCCCAGAGGGGCAGGUUCCAGCUCCGUGCCUGGGCCUGGCUCUGGCAAACCCAGCUCUCCUCUGCACGACUUUCAGGGCUUUGCUGCUCUGAGGUGGAUGCUGAUGCACGUACUGGUGCUUUGCUGAAUAAGGCACCCUCAUGGUUCUCCAGAUGUCCCUGCUUUCCCUCCACCUCCUGCUUAUUCUGCUGGAGAGAAAAACUGGCUUCUACUCCCUCAGGUUUUGUACCAUCGAUUUUGCUAACAUACAAUCUUAGCCUUGGUUUUCUAAAUAGUUUAUCUGCUGGAAGGGGUUUUUGGGGUGUCACUAAACUCACACCUACCUAAACAGGUACAGCCUGUUCAAGGGUGGUGUCACCAAGCACUGCCUUUACAGCAGAGUGGUGCACAGUCUGCAGCAGAGCUGGGCAUGUUCAUCUGAGCCAAAUUCGUUCUUAGUAUAAACUGACAAAUCUCCUCUAAAUCGGUGGAGCUCUGCUCUUUAUACAAGAAACAAGUACAGAUGAAUGCUGCAGAUUAAAUUCAGGAUAAUUCCAUCUGCUUUUUCCUGCCCUGGGACUAAUCCUCGGCAUUAAAGGCCUUCCAGGUAGGUGAGAUGCAUCUGAAGGGUGACUCACUGGUUUGAGGCAAAUGCAGCUCAGUCCUGUGUUGCUGGAGGAGAUGGGAAGAAACAGUGAGAAGGUGUUUGCUGUGAGAGCUGUGGCACCCUGUCCUGGAGUGGGUGCAGCAGUCUCCAGGUCUGUGUUCCCUGGUUUUCGUGGCUCUUCGGUUCUGGAACAUCCACGGGUGCUGUGGUGUCAGCACUGCAGCUCCUGCAGCUUUACAGGCUGCACCUCCUUCCAGGAACGAGGGGCUGAGUGGGGUGGUCUGGAUUUACAGGGGAUGUGCUGUAAACUUCUGCCCUACUUACCUGUCAGUUGGGGAAACAUCAGUUAAAGCUCUACCCAGGGUUAACCUGGUAACAAACUACACUGAGCUAAGGCCAGACAGCCAGUGUGACACUGCUGGAAUGUGCCUCCAGGGCCUCCUGAACACUCAGGGAGCUGCUGUCCAUGGGUUCUGUCUCACCAACUGUUUCUUUGAGGGGUUUUUAAUCCUUACAACGAAAUUAAUUCUUUUAAGUAUUUUAUGUAAGCAGGGUACUGCUUAUAGCCUGUGGGUUACGUUCCUGCCUCUCUGCCUUGCCUUGGAUUUCCCCACUGGGUGCAGAGUCUGCAUCUCAAUAUGAUGUUUUGUUGUGUUUUCAGACCCUCUGGCUGGAGUAGACCUGCUAAAUGAGGUGAUUUCUCUGUUCUGCUCUGCUAUCACUGCUGCAUUUGUCUAAGGCAGUGCUUGGACCUUGUUCCUGGCAGGAGCUGAAGGAAUUGUGUUCCAAAAAAGUGACCCCAGCCUCUCAAGGAAGGAAGCUGUUUCCCUUCCAGCCUGGAGGGAGGAGGGGGAUAUUGCUAACUGCAGUUCUGUGUCCCUGGUGAGGGACAGCACUCAAACACUGCCACUGUUCAUGUGCUUUCUCUCUGGGUCUGAGGUUGGAAGGAUGGGAGUGGGGUCUGGAAGGGAUGGGAGAUGCACCCUUUGCUCCCAUCAGGAAAGGCUGCCGGCAUUGGCUGAAUAACCCUCUGUUUUCUCUUCCCAGGCUUCCUUUGCUGCAGUGCUGAGGAACUGAGUCCUGCUCUGGAGGUGGGUUUGCAGCACUGGCCCCUGCACCGUUCGUGUGUCCUGGGUCACUCUGGCUGGUAGGUUCCCUGUGCCAUGGGGCUGGAAACAGGACAGUUAAAGCCUCAUUAAAGCCUGCUGGAAUACAGCACCUUGGCAAUCUUUAGGAGGGGCUGUGUGUAAAGCAUUGCACCAUUCUCUGCAUUUAAAGCCGGAACGAACUGGGGGAUCGGCUGGAAGUGAGGGAAAGCCCUGCAGAAACAACUUGGCAUCUCUUCCCUCUGUGUAGAGGGGCUGGAGGGAUGUGCCACAGAGCUCUGCUCCCCUGCCCACAGCUCCCAGCACCGCACAGCCCUGGUAUUGUUGCUGCAGCUGGUGUUGUGAAUCAGGCCGACGACAAGCGCAUCCUACAAUCCGGCUAUUUCACUACACCAGGGUUGCAUCAUACCACUCGCUUCGCUCUCCGCCCGGCGUCCUGGAGCCCUCCUGCCUCUUCCAGAGCAUCUCUGACCCACUUCAGAGACUGUGAUUUGUGCUGGUUUGGGCAAAGUAGCGUUUCUGAUGAAAUAACGAGGUUCUAAAAUAAAGCCGCUCCUCCCGGCCGUGAUCUGCUGCUGCGUGUGUUGUGCCAGGGAGCCGGUGUCCCCCUUGGAGCAGGUGUUCACCAGGUGCUGGAGCAGCUUUUCCUCACCACCUCGCCCGUGUCCCUGCUGGCCAGGCCGGCUGCCCCCAUGGCACCAGCUCUGCUGGAGCACCAGGAGGGAUGCAGGCCGGGCUGCCUGUCCUCAGCUUCCCGGGUAAGUGGGUGCACACUGGCCCUUGGUGAUGGUGGCUUCAUCUGCUCAGCACAAACAAUACAAGGGGGCUGGAGCAAGUCCUCAAAACCCAGGUUAAAAUUUGUGUGUGAAUGCAAACACAGCCAGAGGCAGCAGGGCGGGCAGGCCCAAUUUUCCAUUAACUUGCAAAGCCACACCAAGCUGAAACUCAAAUGGGCUGCCCUCAGAUUUUAUUGCUGGCCUUGUUUGCUGUCUCUGCUGAUCUUAUCUGUAACUGCUUUUGAGGCACAUGUGACAGGGGCUGCAGAGGUGUAAGAGGUGCCCAUCCCUCCCCCUGUCCUGGCCUGCUGGGGCUGUGGGGUGAACGCUGAGCGGCCUCAUGGCCUCAGUUCAUGUUUUGUGUGAUGUGGGCGAGUGUUUAAGUGGCUUAUUAAAUCAGGAGUGGGACUGGGUGAGUUCUGAACCUUGGGUAGUAGCUCAGUAGUGCCCCCUCCCUGGGCCGGGAGGGGAAGGGGGCUCUGGCACUGUGGGUAUCUCUGCUGCCCAGCACCAGAGAGCUGCCAGCUCCCAGCCCUGGGCAGGCACAGAGGGACUGUCUGCUUGGUGUGGCCUGUCCCAGCCCCUGGCAUCGGAGUCCCAGCAGAGGCAGCUCUUCCAUCCCUUGGUGUCCCACUUCCCCCUCUGCCCUGGUUUCACUGGGAGAUAAAGGGGCCAUUCCCAUCCCGCAUCCGGCCCAGCUCAGUGCCACAGGCAGCAGCUUGGGGGCCAGCCAGGAUGGUUUACGGGAUCUGACGGGGCUGGGGCAGUAUCCCAGGGAAGGGCGAGGGUGCGUGGGAGUCUUGCUCCCUUUUUCCAUAAUAAAUCCCUGUGGGAACUGAAUGUUCCCGGGUCGGGGCCAGAGGCAAACUCGACGCCGCGUUUCUCUGCUGAUCUGUCCUUGGGACUUAAUCUCAAAUCCGUUAUCGCUGCCCCCAUCGAGUGCUGGGAGGCACUGAUGCCCAUUACGGUGCUUUUGGUAUCCCUUCCAGCUAUUUUUUUCCUCCUGACCAGCUCGGGGUGGUUCGAGCCGACUCCUUUCCUGCAUUAGCAUCCGUGGUGGGUGUGUGCCGGUUGCCUCACUCCGGUUUCGCGGGGUAUAAAGCGGGCGAGCCUUUAUAAACCCUCUCCCCCCCUGUCCCCCACCUGGCAGCCACCCGGGCAGGGGCCAUGGCCGAGCUGCCCAUCCCAGACCUGCCCCCCGCCCGCUGCAGCGGCCGCUUCACCAUCAGCACCCUGCUGGGCAUGGAGGAGGGGGCCAGCUGUGACAGCGCCCAGCCCACCCAGCUCUCGGGCAGCACCCUCUGCACCAGGACCUUCGGCUACAACACGGUGGACGUGGUGCCCGCCUACGAGCACUACGCCAACAGCAAGGGGGUGGGCGACCCCAGGAAGGGCAGGCCCUCGCUGGCCGACCUGCACUCCAUCCUCAAGCCCGAGCCGGGCCGCCUGCACCCUGCGGUGUGUGACCCCCAGCACAGCAAUGGCCUGCCCGAGGCUGGGCCUGAGCCUGGGCUGGAGGAGGCAGAAGGGGAGCCAGGUGGAGCCUCUGUGGCAGAACCUGUCCGCUUUGGAUGGGUGAAGGGCGUCAUGAUCCGCUGCAUGCUGAACAUCUGGGGAGUCAUCCUCUACCUGCGCUUGCCCUGGAUCACUGCCCAGGCAGGAAUCGCCCUGACAUGGCUCAUCAUCCUGAUGUCUGUGACAGUGACCACCAUAACUGGCUUGUCCAUCUCUGCCAUAUCCACCAAUGGCAAAGUGAAGUCAGGAGGCACCUACUUCCUCAUCUCCCGGAGCCUCGGGCCAGAGCUGGGCGGCUCCAUCGGGCUGAUCUUUGCCUUUGCGAACGCGGUGGCCGUGGCCAUGCACACCGUGGGCUUUGCGGAGACCGUCCGGGACCUGCUGCAGGAGCACAACUCGCUCAUUGUGGACCCCAUCAACGACAUCCGCAUCAUUGGGGUCGUCACUGUGACGGUGCUGCUGGGCAUCUCCCUGGCUGGCAUGGAGUGGGAGGCCAAGGCACAGAUUCUGUUCUUCCUGGUCAUCCUGGUUUCUUUCAUAAACUACCUGGUGGGGACGGUGAUCCCGGCCAGCGCCGAGAAGCAAGCGAAGGGCUUCUUCAGCUACCGAGCUGAUAUCUUUGCCCAGAACUUCGUGCCCAACUGGCGUGGGCCCGAGGGCUCCUUCUUUGGCUUGUUUUCCAUUUUCUUCCCAUCUGCAACCGGCAUCCUGGCUGGGGCCAACAUUUCGGGUGACCUGAAGGAUCCUGCCGUGGCCAUCCCCAAGGGCACCUUGAUGGCCAUUUUCUGGACCACUGUGUCCUACCUGGUGCUUUCUGCUACGAUUGGUGCCUGCGUGGUCCGCGACGCCUCGGGCAGCCUGAACGACAGCGUGGCCGUGGGGUCUCCGGGCUGCGAGGGCCUGGCCUGCGGCUUCGGCUGGAACUUCAGCGCCUGCGCCCAGCGCCAGAGCUGCCGCUACGGGCUCAGCAACUACUACCAGAGCAUGAGCAUGGUGUCUGGAUUUGGGCCCCUCAUCACAGCAGGGAUCUUUGGUGCUACCCUCUCCUCGGCACUGGCCUGCCUCGUCUCAGCCCCCAAAGUCUUCCAGUGUCUCUGCAGGGACCAGCUCUACCCGCUCAUCGGGUUCUUCGGGAAGGGCUAUGGGAGGAACAGUGAGCCCAUCCGUGGCUACAUGCUCACCUACGUCAUCGCCAUCGGCUUCAUCCUCAUCGCCGAGCUCAACGCCAUCGCCCCCAUCAUCUCCAACUUCUUCCUCUGCUCCUACGCCCUCAUCAACUUCAGCUGCUUCCACGCCUCCAUCACCAACUCCCCAGGCUGGCGACCCUCCUUUCGGUAUUACAGCAAGUGGGCUGCGCUCUUCGGGGCCGCCGUCUCGGUGGUGAUCAUGUUCCUGCUCACCUGGUGGGCGGCCCUCAUCGCCUUUGGCAUCGUCAUCUUCCUGCUGGGAUACGUGCUCUACAAGAAGCCGGAUGUCAACUGGGGCUCCUCCAUGCAAGCCAGCUCCUACAACAUGGCCCUCAACUACUCGGUGGGGCUGAGCGAAGUGGACGAGCACAUCAAGAACUACAGACCGCAGUGCCUGGUGCUGACCGGCCCGCCCAACUUCCGCCCAGCUCUGGUGGACUUUGUGGGCACCUUCACCAAGAACCUCAGCCUGAUGCUCUGUGGCAACGUGCUGAUCGGCCCGCGGAAGCAGAAGAUGCCGGAGUCCCGGCUGACGGCAGAUGGACACGCCAAGUGGCUCAUGAAGAGGAAGAUCAAGGCUUUCUACACGGAUGUGGUGGCUGAGGAUCUGAGAAGCGGAGUCCAAAUGCUCCUCCAGGCUGCCGGCCUCGGGAAGAUGAGACCCAACAUCCUGGUGCUGGGCUACAAGAGGGACUGGCGGACGGCGUCCCCGCAGAGCCUGGAGGACUACGUGGGCAUCCUGCACGACGCCUUUGAUUUCAAGUACGGCGUGUGCUUAAUGCGGAUGAAGGAAGGGCUGAAUGUUUCCCGAGUGCUGCAGGCAUAUGUUAACCCCACGUUUGAGGCAGCAGAGCACCCCGAGAACGGCACUGGCAGCAGAGCAGCCCCAAGCUCAGUGAACUCCAGCGCCUUGGCUGGCGAGCAGCAGGCGAGCACCAUCUUCCAGAGCGAGCAGGGCAAGAAGACCAUCGACAUUUACUGGCUCUUCGAUGAUGGAGGUCUCACGCUGCUCAUCCCAUACCUCCUGGGGCGCAAGAAGCGGUGGGGGAAGUGCAAGAUCCGGGUGUUUGUCGGGGGGCAGAUCAACAGGAUGGAUGAGGAGAGGAAGGCGAUUGUCUCUCUGCUGAGCAAGUUCCGCCUUGGCUUCCACGAAGUCCACAUCCUCCCCGACAUCAACCAGAAACCCCGGCCAGAGCACAUCAAGAGGUUCGACGACCUGAUCGCUCCCUUCAGGCUCAACGAUGGCUUCAAGGACGAGGCCACGGUGAACGAGAUGAGGCAGGGCUGUCCCUGGAAGAUCUCUGAUGAGGAGGUUGAUAAAAACAGAGCCAAGUCGCUCCGACAGGUGAGGCUGAACGAGAUUUUGCUGGAUUACUCACGGGAUGCAGCACUCAUAGCCAUCACCCCGCCCAUCGGCAGGAAGGGACGCUGCCCCAGCGCCCUCUACAUGGCCUGGCUCGAGACCCUCUCGCAGGACCUGAGACCCCCCGUCAUCCUCACCCGAGGGAACCAGGAGAACGUGCUGACCUUUUACUGCCAAUAAAACCUCCCGCCCGCCCCC